GGAAGCCAUACACACCGGAAAUCAGGGGCUUCAGUGUUUGUGGGCGCGACGGGACUAAGGCCAACUGGCGCCGUCCCCUGACAGCGGUCCCGGUGGCGGACUACUGUCCUGCCUGGUGGCCACUGCCCGGCCAUCCCAAAAAAGCGCCCGCGACUCGCUCUACUUGCAGGAAGGUGGGACCUACCUCGUGUGCAGACGGUACCUCCGGGCGGGGGUUUCCAGGCUCUGGGACCAGGAGCCCCUGCCAGGGGGCCGAGCCGGACCUUCCGGUCCCCUCCACGGCCACAGUCCCCGCCUGCUUUCCUUCCACGUACGUGUCCUGGCGAUGCCCCGGGACACAUGCGAAGAUGCCAGCAGACCUGCCCUCCAGCCUCCUGCUCCUCCCCCCGGACUGUGACCUCACACGAGCCCCCCCACCCCGCCCCAUCUGAGCUCCCCACACCAGGCCCUGACCUGAAGAGCUCAGCUGCUUGUACGCGUUCCCCUCCUGGUGGGGCCAAACCAGAAGUCCAUGUAGGGCGGCCGACUGACUGUGCCGGCCUCCGGAUCCUUCCAGAGUGGCAGUGUUAGGGGAGGAAUCAUUUUCUCUUCGUAGUUGCCCCAGUCUCCUGAGCUGUAAAUCACCAUCACCAUGGAUUUCUGUGCUGACCCUUGAGGCACUGUGGGGUCCCUGUCCCAGUCACAUGACAGGCCAGCUGCUGUGAUGAGCAGAACCUACCCUGAGGGAACCUGCAUGUGUGUUUCUCAUCAGUUGGGCCCUCCUGGAUCCCUGUGGUCUGAGGCCCCUGCCAAGGAGAAGAACAUAGUGGCUUGUUGUCCAACAUUGCUAUCUUCUCACUGGUGAUUUUCUCCCUGUUCCCCUGGUCCUUGCGCAGGUGAAGACACACAGACAAGCAGGCGGAAGAGUGUUUUCACCUCUGGCCACCAAGCAGGCACCCUUUGCUUCGAGUGGUGGGAAAGCUUGAGCCCCUUCUUGCUCAGGGAUUCCACCCACACAGAUGAGAUUCAGAGGUGCCCAGGAGGAAGGGGUUGGGUUGGCUGAGACACUGAGUGGCGGAAACUGGGCAAGCCUGGGAUCCAAUCACAUACCCCAGUAGAAGACAUAGCAAUGGCCAUGCCCCAGGGGCCAGCCAGGCUCCCUGAUAACCAAGCCAGACCCAGUGAAGAGGGUGACCCUUUGUCACCCAGCACGUCGACAGAAGUUCAGCGGGAUGAUGAUACUCAGGGCUAGCCAGUGGAUGAGGACAUGGCACCCUUGCCUGUGGUUGGUGAAGUGGACACAGGGGAGCCUUUGUGAAAGACCAUUUGCUAGUGUGUGUCAGCACCUCAGGUGUGUGCCCUGUUCCCUGGGCCACCUCCUGCAUGACUCUUCAGUCAGUGUGUGGUCAUGUUGAGUGGCUGUAUUGGCAGAAUGAGUUUUCCCUACCCUUCCAUCAGGAGGGAAGCAUCAGUAACUUGUGGGACCCCAAACACUGGGAGGUGUAAACAGACACCAUAUAAGGGUGAAAACAAACGCAUGAAAAUAGAUGUGCAGACGUGGAGGAGUGUGCCCAAGGUGCUGGGAGUGGAGAAGCCAUCCCCCUUGCCCCUGCGGAGAGAUGUCCAGACAGAGCUGACCCUCUGGCUUAAUUUGCUGGCAGUUAUGUUAGGGUCACACAGGCCGGCUGGCUCAAAUACGAACCGUGUUGGUUCAGGAGGCCAGCAGCCGAGGUCGAGGUGUCAGCGGAGGUUGGCUGUUGUGAGGGCUGUAGAAAGAGUCUGUCCCAUCCACCCCCUCACUUCUGGGCAUUGCUGGCCAUGGUGGGUGUGUCUGGCCUUGAAGAUCUCCGCCUUCCUCUUCACCCCAGUUCUCCUGUGUGCCUGUCUUGUCUCUAAAUGUGUCCUUUGUAUGGGGACAGCCGUCCUGUUAGAGGAGGGUCCAUCCUAAUGAGCUCACUUGACCUCCAUCAGCUCUGUGAAGACCUUUCCUUUGUCUGUAAGGUCAUGCCAAGGUACUUGGGAUUGAGACUCCAGCACCUGAAUUUGAGGGGACACAAUGUGACACCUCACACCCUACAAAGGCUCUGAGCCACGUGAGGCCCUAGGAGCCCUGGGAGAUGAAGUUCGGCUGUCUGUCCUUCAGACAGCCUUAUGCAGGUUUCAUCUUAAACGGUGUCAAGACCCUGGAGACGCGGUGGCGGCCCGUGCUACGUGGCCACCAGCACUGUACCCUGGCAGUCCACAUCGCUCACCGGGACUGGGAAGAUGCAGCCUGGCGGGAGCUGCUGGAGCAGAGGCUGGGGAUGAGCCCCACCCAGAUCCAGGCCUUGCUGCGGGAUGGGGACAAGUUCGGCCGCGGAGUGAUUGCGGGUCUCGUGGACAUUGGGGAUACUUUGCUGUGCCCAGAAAACCUAGAUCCCGAAGAGGUGGAGGAGCUGGAGAAUCAAGCCCUGUUGCCUGACCUGCGACAGAAGUACCUGACUGUGCUCACCAACCCCCGCUGGCUGCUGCAGCCCAUCCCUGGAAGAGGUGGGAAGGACAUCUUCCUGGUGGACAUCCCCCAGCACCUGAUCCCCUUUGGGCAGGAGGCCUGUCCAAGCUGGGCUUUCAAAAGCCUCUCACGAGAAAAAUUUUUCCUGGGAAAUGAAACCCAUCCAGCACUCAGCUCGUCUAGCCUAGUCUUCUCGGAAGGGCUUUCUACGUUACCAUCAUCAUCUUCUUCCCUGCAGAGCAGCCUGAAGAGUGGAUUUUCCUGAACUCAUACAGGUUCAGUUCACUGAUGAAACUCUUGAUGCUGUCUGUCUUGAAGAUCUGCUCCAUGCCUCUGCGCUGGAGGAUCUCCAUCCGGACGAGAUCUACUUCAAUGACCACCAUGUUUUCCUCAUCGUUCCAGCACGCAGAAGUGAAGGCCGCAUCCUCCACGAUCCUCCAGAGCUUCCUGGGGAAGGACAGCCCGAGGAUGGCAUUGUUCUCUUCCUCCUUGGUCGUUUUUGGGUUCAGGCCCUGUGGGGGAAGAUUGUCUUGGAGGCGUCGAUCUUGGCUCUCAGGUUGCUCACCCUGCUUCUCCAAAACCUCCCCUCAAUCCAUGUUUCAAUCUGGGGAGGAAUCACGGGAGUCCCCUGCUGCGGGUUCCCCAUCAGUUGAUGGGGCCAGCUGGGCUGCCUGUGCCUCAUGGGAACUCUGACUAGCCAUGGAGCCAGUCUAGCUCAGGAGAAUUCUGUACCCAAGCAGUGAAUGCUCAGGGCAGAAGAGCCUCAGACCAGGGUCAGGGUGCCCAAUAAAUACUGUCUGGAGAUUCUAGAAUCUGGAUCGUGGGACAGGCAGCCAAUUAAGUGAUCUGCUUCCUUAAACGAUAACAGUAUUUAUUUUUGAGGAUGAAAGUGAGGUUCAGGAAGGGGGUCAAAUAUGGACUUUUGCUUUUUACUCAAUUGUAUCAUUUAAUAUUAUAAAUAGUAGAUAAAUGUUUGUCCAAGUAAAUAAAAGGAUAAAUAUAUGUGACUUACCAUUCAAGAGGGCAAACAAGACACAAUACCUGUAGAAUGAUCCUAUUUAAAUAAACCAUAUUGUAUAUGCAUAUAUUUAUAUGUAUGAGUGUUAAAGGAAUAGGCAGAGUUCUGAAAGGAUGUUCACUGAGAGGUUGACAGUGUUCUUCUUUGUGAAGGGAAGGGGACAGAGGUGAGAGUGUGACACUAUUUCUUCUCUAUUCUUCCCAUUUGUUUGAACUGUUGAAAAUACAGUUAGGGAACAUGGUAGCUGUUUUUAUGUGUCAACUUGGCUAGGCUAUACUGCCCAGUUGGCUUGGUUAAACAUGUCUCUAAAUGUUGCUGUGAAGUUGUUUUUACAUGUGAUCAACAUUUAAAUCAGUGGACUAUAAAUAGAUUAUUCUCCAUAAUCUAAGUUGGCUGCAUCCAUACAGUUGAAGGCUUUAAGAGAAAAAGACAGGUCCCUCAAAGAGGAAGAAAUUCUGUCUCCAAACUGCCUUUGGAUUCAAGUUGUAAAAGUAACUCUUCCCUGUAUCUUCAGCCUACCUGCUUGCACUGAACAAUUCAGAGAUACAGAUAUAGAUAUAGAUACAGAUACGGAUAUAGAUAUGUGUGUCUGUGUGUUUCAAACACAUUCAUUGGAGCUGAAAAGGCCUGACUGGGAAUUCCAGCUUCCUCACUUCUGUGUUCUCAACCAAUUAAACUUUAUAGAUUUCUAUUUACUUAUUGGUAUAUACAAGCAAAAUGAUGGAAAUAAUUAUUUGCAUUACUCUGAAAAGUGACAUAGUGUUUGCCUGGUUCAUUGAGCAUUAUCACAACUCAGCAAAUGCCAUUUAUUGUGAUGAAAAAUGUUUCUUCAGUUUUCAGGGUAGUUUUUGGCAGACAAAUGCUCCUACAGAGAACAACAGGAAAACCCCAUUAAAACAUCAUGUAUUCCCACCACAAAAAAAAAAAAAGAUAAUUAUGUGAUGUGACAGAUGUGUUAGCUAACCUUAAGGCAGUAACACAUUGCAACAUAUAAAUGUGUAAAGUCAAUACAUUGUAUACCUCAAACUUACAUGAUGUUAUAUGUCAAUUAUAUCUGAAUUUAAAGGAAUUUUUAAAAAAGAAUAAUAUAGGAUAAUGGCAUGAAGGGGGACUAGGAUUAACUAUAAAUGAGGAGGGUACCUAAAGCUCACAUGCAUGGUGGAUUUGUUACCAAGUCCAAGCUCAUGGGGCUUCAGGUGGUGCUAGUGGAAAAGAACCUGCCUGCCCAUGCAGGAGAUGUAAGAGACUGUGUCGAGAAGAUCCCCUGGAAAGGGGCAUGGAAACCCACUCCAGUAUUCUUGCCUGGAGAAUCCCAUGGACAGAGAAGUCUGGUGGGCUACAGGCCAUAGCAUUGUAAACAGAAGCACGUGACUGAAGCUACGUAGCAUGCACACAUGCACAACAAGGUCAUACUGCUAAGCACAUGACAGGCCAAAUAAAUAGACAAAGUGUUAGAGCAAGGAAUAGUGACUUUAUUCAGAAAGUCAGCAGAUCAAGAAAAUGGUUCAUUUGUAUCCAAAAGAACAAUUUUACCUGAGUUAGAAUUGGGGCUUCUUUUAUAGUAAAAGGGGAGAGUGUGGCUGGUUGUUGCAGACUUCUUGGUGCCAGGAAGACCAUGGAGGAAAUGUGAUAAUCCCUUGUUCUUGUAGGUGUCCAGGUAGGUCAGGUCAUGAAAUUCCUGUAAACCUUCAAUAAGACAAAUGCUAUUUUCUGUUCUGCAACUUUUUAUCUCUGUAUGAAUGAAAAGUGUUAUGGCUUUAAAGGUUAAGCCUGGGAGUCAGAGACUUGAGAAAAAGUCUAUUAUGUAUUUUAGGUGAUAGGCAAUGUUCUUUUACUGAUUGAAGAGAUGAAGGUGCAGAGCCAGCAUGACUAAGCACAGGUGACAGAGCACAAAGAUUAGAGCUAAAGGAAGAGAUCCAAUACGGAGUCAGGCUUGUUCUUCUCAGAUACAGAUUUAUGGGAUUUUUCUACUGUUCCUUGGACUGUUAAUGUACAUGAUACAUUUUUUUCCUUUGUAUAUAUGAAAUAUUUUACAACAAUAACAUUAAUAAAUAGCAAACAAUUA